AGAGAACCGAGAAAGAUUCGACCCUCCCGACAGACACCAAGUAACCCCCUCCCCCCAACACUCCGAAGGGCUGCUCUUGUCGUCUUCGCGCCCGAAGAUCCUCGUUUGUCGAAUUUGACGUAGCAAGUCAAAAACAAAAGCACCACUGCCAAAAUGGUCAAGAAGCGGGCGUCGAACGGACGCAACAAGAAGGGACGCGGUCACGUUAAGCCGAUUCGCUGCUCCAACUGCUCAAGAUGCACUCCAAAGGACAAGGCCAUCAAGAGAUUCACCAUCCGCAACAUGGUUGAGUCUGCUGCCGUCAAGGAUAUCUCCGAAGCGUCCGUUUUUGAGGAAUACGCUGUCCCAAAGAUGUACCUGAAGCUCCAGUACUGCGUUUCCUGCGCUAUCCACGGAAAGAUUGUGCGUGUCCGAUCCCGGGAGGGCCGCCGCAACCGUGCUCCUCCUCCAAGACUCCGAUUCCAGAAGGACGCAAAGAAAUUGAACCCUCAACAAGCUGCCAAGACUGCUAAGGCGUAAAUGCCUUUUUUCUCCCCUUCCAUUAUGGGUAUGAUGGGUUCUGGGGUGUCUAGGGCGAGGGGCACCGGAUCAACAUGAUAUGUGUAGGGAAAACGAGCGUUUUGACGAGCCGGGCUUCGAAAAAGCAACAUAUAAGCGAAUGGAAGGGGUCCUAUGUAUCGUGCUACGCUUUGUUCUCCGCACCCGGAUAUCAUUUUCUUCUUUAAAUGGGAACGAAUAUGUAUCAAUUGGCGGCACUGGGUUAAAAAAAACCCAGCCUCCCCGCAUACAAUGCAUGACUUGUUUUGAUGCCCCUCCAUAGUCCAAUUCAAUGCCUAACAUGUGUAAUGGAUAGGAGUUCUGUGCAGGUUAUCCAGUCUCCUAAAGUCAAGCAUCACUGAUUUCAAGAC